UAUUCUUCUUAUACAUUCAUGUGUUCCUUUGUCACAGAUUAGAACGUACUGCGGUUGCUUUGGUCCGAGUUAACACACACGGUUAGUCUUUCACUCUCUGCACUUUCUUUUUUUUGUUCUCUUUUUUGUCUUCAUUCUGUCUCAUUUUUGGUCAGUGAUCACAGUCUAGUUAUGGAUCAUAACUUAUGAUCAGUAUGGUUUUUUUUACUUUGAUCACAGUUUUAAUGUCUGAGGCUGGGGCUAGUGCUACACGUCGUGAAGUUGAUCCAGGAAGAAAAUAUGGGAUCAUGUUGAAUAACAAUUCCAACUCUUGGAAGUGUAUCUUCUGUAAGAAAGACUUCAACGCUGGAAUUUCACAUCUCAAGCAACACUUGAGAGGGGAUCAUAGGAAUGCCAGAGCUUGUACUUUAUGUCCACCACAUGUGAGAGAGUCGUUAAUCAAAUACAAACAGAUGAAGGAGGACGAGAAAGCUGCUCGUAACUUGGCUCUCCAAGAAGAAGAAGAAGGUCUUGACGAGUAUGAUGAAGAGUGCGGGAAAGAAAGUCAGCUGCGACGGUUUAUCCAUGCUAAGAAGAGGAGAGUUAGAGGUCCACUGGACAGGUAUGUGACUGUUCCUCCUCCUGAUGUUUUGCAAGGAAGGAAAGAUAGAAAGAGUACUCUUGGAGCUGCUUGUGAUAAAGAGGCAAGGGAAGAUGUAUGUGGAGAUAUAACUAGGUGGUUUUUGGAUGCUGGUCUUGCGUUCAAUGCAGUCAACUAUCCUAGUUUUGACAAGAUGAUUCGAUCAAUUGGGCUAUAUGGACCAGGAUUGAAACCACCAAGUAUGUAUGAAUUAAGGGCUCCACUGCUUAAUAAAGAAGUGCAUAACACUCUUGUCCAAAUUGAGGAUAACAAGAAGGAGUGGGCUAGUAAAGGAUGUUCACUUAUGUCUGAUGGUUGGAGAGAUUCAGUGGCUAAGAAAGACAUUGUCAACUUCCUAGUUAAUUCCCCUAAAGGUUCUGUUUUCAUGAAGUCAAAAGAUGUUUCCGAAGUGGUGAAAGAUGCAACGUUGUUGUUUAACUUGCUAGAUGAUAUGGUUGAGGAGAUUGGAGAAGCUAAUGUAGUUCAAGUCAUCACAGACAAUGCAAAGAACUACAUAAAAGCUGCAAAAAAUGCAUGUUCAUGAAUGGAUAUAUCUACAGCCAUGUCCCUCUUGUGAACAUGAUGAGGAAAUUCACAAAGCAAAGAAAUCUGCACAGGCCGGCUAUAACAAGGUUUGCUACUUCUUCCAUAACCAUGACUCAGUUUCUUAAACAGCAGAAGCCUUUAAGGGAAAUGGUCAAUUCUGCUGAAUGGAGUGAGUCUAAAUGGCCCAAAGAAGCUGGAGCGGGAAAAGUUAGACAGUAUCUUAUGCAAGCGAGUUUUUGGAAGAAUAUUCGACGUGUUCUGAAGCUUAUGACUCCUCUUGUCAAAGUACUUAGGAUGGUUGAUGGAGAGAGAAAACCAGCUAUGGGAUACAUUUAUGCAGCCAUGGACAGGGCAAAAGAGACAACCGAAAGGGAUUUCAACUGGAAUAAAGAGAAGUACGAAGAAGCCUUUGAGACCAUUGACAAAAGGUGGCAGUGUCAGCUUCAUCAUCCUUUGCAUGCUGCUGGGUAUUUCCUAAACCCUUCAAUCCAUUACAAAUAUCACGAUGAUGUACGUUGCGCCGAAGUGGAAGGGGGCUUGUACAAUUGCAUUACUAGGUUGGUUCCAAAUACAGAGACUCAAGACAAGAUAAUGACAGAGUUGGAUGCUUUCAAGGACGCUACUGGUAUCUUCGGCCACGACAUGGCCAUUAGGCAAAGAGAUAUCAAAGCACCAGCUGAAUGGUGGUCUUGUUAUGGAUCUUCUGCUCCAAAUCUGAGAAGCUUUGCUGUUAAGAUCCUUAGUCUGACUUGUAGUGCUACUGGUUGUGAAAGAAAUUGGAGUAUUUUCCAACUUCUUCAUACGAAGAAGAGAAAUCGCCUAGCACAACAUCGGCUGAACAACAUGGUUUUUGUGAAGUACAACAGAGCUCUAAAACGCAGAAGCUUGAGAAGUGUGUGUGCCACCAGAGAUCCUAUUCUUUUGGAUGAAAUUGAUGAUAGCAAUGAGUGGUUGUUUAGAAGAAUGGAUGGAGAUUCAUCUGAUAAUGAUGAUUUGGUGUGGGAAGAUGAUGAUUUGCCAUGGAAUGUUGUGAGCCAAGCUAUGGGUGUUGAAGAACCCAGCUAUUCUACUAGAGGAGUUGGAGCAAAAGGUGCAAGUUCAUCUAAAACAGAUAAAGGGAAAGGUAUUGCUAGCUCAAACCAGAAGCAAUCAUCUGCGCCUGCUAUGAGAUUGGUUGAUGAAGAAGAUGAGUUGGAAGAAGAUUUAGAUGAAGAUGAUUUUGGGUAUGAGGAUGUUGAGUACGAUGAUGAAGAUGACAAUAAUGGUGUUUCUGAAGAUGAAUUUUAGGUAUUGGUUUUGAUUUAUUUAUUAUGAUAUUAUCUUUUGGUUUCUACAUUUGAGACUUUGUUUUUGGGUUUUUUUUUUGAAUAAUUUUGUUUUGGUUUAACUAUCUUCAAAUAAUAAAGCUUGCAACUUAUUUAA